AUCACAUCUCAGCUGCUUUUGAAUCCGCCGUAUCGAAAACCAAUCCUCCUUCUCGAUUCGUGAACUAUGGCCCCGCCGGCAGGACAAACGGCGGCGGUGGCUGAAGCGGCUGGCGCCGAUGGUGCUCAACCGCAGCAGCAGCGUGGAUUUGGUUCCACGAUUUCCGGAAUCGUUAGAAUCGCCGUCUUUUGGUAUUUUGCCUCCAAGUUCUUUUCACCUAAACAGAAACCUGUGGAUCCUUCUGCUCCGUCUCAGCUCAUGACCAAUCUCUUUAACAAAGGCGAAUCAUUGGAUAUGUGGUUUUACCUGUCAGAGCAUGAGAAGUUCAAUGACUUUGGCAAUGAUCGUGCGCUUUAUUGGCAUGAGACCAAUAUACCUUAUGCUGUAUGGACACCAGAGAGUAUUAGGACCAAGUCACUGACGUAUUAUCCAUCUGAGACACUACAGAAUAAUGGAAGUCUGUAUGCUCAUGUCUUCUUUGCUCGAUCUGGAUUCCCCAUAGACCCCACUGAUCCUGAAUACCAACCUCUUAAUAGUUUUAGCAGGACACAUGCUGUGGCGACUUACUUUCCAAAGCAAAAGAAAAAUAAGAAGAAGAGUCUCUUGGGAAGUCCCAAAGACUCUGAUGAAUCCGAGCCAGAAGUUGAGAAAGUUGGAGAUAAGAAAUCGGAUCCCAAGGAAGAGGUCCCUGUAGAAUGGAUAUCCCUCUGGAAACCUAAUGUCACGAUUAACCUGGUUGAUGAUUUUACUCGGUAAGUUGGUUCUGCUAUCUUGUGUAGUAUAAAAACACUCAAUCCAGACUAAAAUAAGAAGAAAGAUAUAAUCAUAUGAUGGAUCGAGAUUCACUUUCUACGGUGAUGUAUAUAUGAUUCGACUUUUUGUCAAAAAUAAAUAUCUGAGUCUUGA